AUGUCCGCUGUCGAGGUCCUACUAACAGUGGGCAAGAUGGAUGCCUCCCUGGCUCUCCUCACCACUAAGGAUCAUCAUGUUAUAGAGCUACCAACAAUGCUGUUACCCGAAAAUGUUAAAGCAGGUUCAAUAGUAAAGAUGCAGGUUGUCCAAGAUGUUAAUGAAGAAGAGAAAGAGAGAUCUAAUUUUAAGAACGUGCAGGCUGCUAUAUUGGAGAAAUAUGGUUCUUCUAGACCCUCAGCUCCUAUAUUAAAAGUAAUCAAUGUCACUCAAACUGGCUGUAUAUUGGCAUGGGAUCAUCUUCAACUUGGUUCAGCAAAACUGAAGUCUUUAGUGCUUUACAGACAGGGUGUUAGAUCUAUGGUUAUUCCAAAUCCUUUCAAAGUUACAACAACAAAAAUAUCUGGGUUAUCCAUUGAUAGUGUAUAUGAGUUCCAAUUGAAACUAUCCACAACGUCAGGACAGUUUUGGUCAGAGAAAGUAAAAAUUCACACGCACAAGAUGACAGAUAUGUCCGGUAUUACUGUGUGUCUCGGACCUCUUGAUCCAUUACAGAAAGUGACACCUAGACAGAUUGCACAUAGUUUAAAGACUCUAGGAGCUAGACCAUUGCAAGAUCAUGUUGCUAUCGACACAACUCAUUUUGUUUGUAACGAUAUAGAAAAUGACGACGACCCUGAGUUAUUAAAAGCUAAGAACAACAAUAUCCCGAUUGUCAGACCCGAAUGGAUUAGGGCUUGUGAAGUUGAAAAGCGUAUUGUUGGGGUUCGUGGUUUUUAUCUCGAUGCCGAUCCAUCAAUUCUAAGUAAUUAUGGUUUCCCAGAACUUACAGAUGAACAAUUACAAGAGAAGGAGGUACCUGCUUUGCCAAAUGAAGAAUCGGAGGCACAAUUUGUGAAAGACAAAUUAGACCAAGUAGCAGAUGAGUCAGUGAAAGAUGCUUCAACAGAGGCAGUCUCUGAAAAUAACGAUGAUGAAACCAAGAAAGAACAGGUGAAGGAGUUAGAGACCGAUUCCCAGGAUAACAUAGAGGAACCAAUUCAGGAGGAGUCAAAGGAUGUACCAGAGGGAGAACCUCAUGAUGAGUUUAAGAAUGAAGGAACCGAAGAGCUCUCAGAAGUUAAGGACUCAAUAGAACAGGAAAUAAUGGCUGAUGAGAAGUUAGUUGAAGAGCAACCAAAGCUAGCUGAAGGGGUCCAGGUCACGGAAGAUGUUGCACCAGAGGAGGUGUCAUACGUAACUGAAGAUGUAGCCAAACCAGCUGAAGAGGUUACAGCAGUUGAAGAGGUAAAUCAACCAGCCGAGGAAGUUAAUGCAGCCACUGAGGAAGUAGCUGAACCAGAAGAAGAAGUAGCUGAACCAGUUGAAGAAGCUGGACCAGGUAGGGAAGUUACAACUGAAGAAGCUGAACUAGCUGAAGAAGCUACAGAACCAGCUGAAGAAACUGAACCAGCUAAGGAGGUUAUAACUGAAGAAGCUGAACCAGCUAAGGAAGUUACAGCUGAAGAAGCUGAACCAGCUGAAGAAACUGAACCAGCUGAGGAAGGAAAUGCAUCCGCUGAGGAGGUUACAGUUAGUGAGACGAAAGCAGAUGAAGAUGAAGAACCAGAAGAGGUUGGAAGCACAAACGAAGACAAGACACAGGUGCCUGUAAUAGAAGUCCAAGACGAAACGCCAAGCCCCAGCCCCAGCCCAGCGCCAGCAGGUAAGAAGAAGAACAAGAAGAAGAAGAAGGGCAAGAGAAAGUAA